UCAGUCGUGUUUCCCACGGUGAAAUUUGCAUCUGUUCCAUUAACAAUGAAAAUUUCUCUGCCUUUAUUUAUAUGUCUAUUCCAUGUAAUUAACUCUGUGAAAUGCAACUCCACUUUGAUGAAAUAUUUAGACGACCAAGCUAAAAUCGUGAGUGCAAAAUUAAUUCGACAUGCCAGAAACCAAGAAAAUUUUUACACUGUGAAAUUUAAUGACACAAACACUGUGGAACUGAUCGGAAAUUACACCAAAGGAGAAAUUUUCUCUUUUUUCGGCACCGCUUACGCCGUGAUGGAUCGAGAAGUCUACAAAAUAACGCAAAAUAAUUACAGCAGGAUCCACAUAAUCCUACCGGAUGAUAACAUAAUCCUUUUAAAGAGCAUCGAGUUCCAAAACACGGGUUUCUUGGUGUUCGCCACGAAAACAAACCUUCUACACAUCUUUGGCUUUAACAACAAAACCAAAGACUUUUUCAAAAUUCAAAAUCUCGUCCACUUGAACGUCACAGAUAUGGAGCUCUUUGAAUGCCAAAACCAACUAUACUUAAUUGUUGCGAAUUACCAAAGUUCUGAUUUUACAUCCAUCGUGGUGUACAAAUUCAUGCAUUCGCAUUUUGAUGAAACCGAGAAAUUUUUUGCCUCAGGUGCCACAAACUUGCACACUUUUCAUAACAACGGAAGCGAAAUUAUAAUGGUUCUGCAAAAAUCUGGAGUGACGGCGUCUUUGUAUGAGUUCAAACAUGACAGAAUUCGGAAAAUUCAAAAAAUUGACACUGAUAACGCUGAUGAAGUAUUAAAUUAUAGUUAUUUUGGAGAACAGUAUUUGAUGAUCUUUACUGACACGACUAGUGUUAGCGUGUACUUUUGGACCGGUUCCGAUUUACUGUUCUGGGAGCAAUACACCACCGGAUUUGCCCUAACAGGAAGUAAAUCAGUGUUUUACAUCAACAACAGUCCCUAUCUUCUUGUCAAUAAUAACACCAAAUUUGUAAUUUUCACUCUGUCAGAUAAAUUUUUACAAAUUUACGAUUCCGAGUUCAACUCAAAUUGGACGAAUAUAUGGACCCACAAAUUUAUAGGUCCAAAUGUGUUCGGAGUUUCAGGAAAAACUGUACAGAACAGAGUAGAAAUAAAAACGGUUUCUGUUUCCAUAGGCGUCGCUGAACAACACGAAAAUGUUGUCGAAGAGAAAAAAUUGUCCAGUUGCUUUCUAACUCUGGAGAAAGCUGUUUACGUUCUUAGGAAUAAAAUUACGGAAUUAGAAAAUAGUAGUAGGUUAUUGAUGAGAGAUACAGAUGACGACACAUCACAAUCUGGUUUUUCAUUUAGAAAAUGGGAAGAAUUACAAAAUAAAUAUAGUACCAUUAAACUUAAAGCGCAUAACAAAAAAUCACAAACACUGGUUAUAAACAAAACUGCGAUUCUUGAUUUUCCACUAGGUGCCAAAAAAGUUACUGCUAAAAAUAUUCAUUUUGACACCCUUAAUAACCAAAAAUGGCAGCCACAUAAAUGGCUUUCUUAUAGUCUGCCACAAAUUGUAUCUGGACCUGUGAAAGCUCACGUUCUUCACACUGACACAUUGAAAACAAAUCAACCACUCUUCAAUGAUCUCUUACUAGCAAAUGGAAACCAGAUUGUUUCCGGUUUUAUUACCACGAAUAAUUUACAAGCAAAUGAUAUUGAAACUAAAUCAUUAAACAAUAUCUCUGUAGACAACAUUUACUACAAGAGCCAACCUGUCACUAUUCAAGGUCUAAAGUCAUUUCCAGAACUUAAGGCCAAGAAUAUAGAUACUGCCACCAUAAACGGAAUACCAGGAACUCGAGUCGCAAAACUUCUAACUAAUUCAUCUAUUCUAAAAUACAGUUUUGCGGAAAACGUGAAAAUCGAUAAUCUUUGGGUACAGAACAUAGACGGUGUUAACUUUGACGAAUUCAGAAAUUCUGUCUUCCGUAUUGGACACGGAGACACUAUUGACGGCAACCUGAUUUUUACACAAUUACAAGCUAAAGAAAUGUUUUUUAAAACACUAAGCAACCAAUCAAGCUUUUUCACAACUUCCACCAAUCAAACAGUAACAUCGUCUAUCACUAUUUCUAAAAUUUUUGCUGAAAAUGUCAAGACCACGACGAUAAAUGGAAUCGAUUUUAGAAACUCGGUGGCUACUUUCAACGACAACACCAUCAUUGGUCCUGUUAGCAUUAAGCACCUCAAUGUUACAAACAACCUACACCUGAAUGGUACCGUAGGUCGAGAGUUUUUGUUAAUCAACGACACCCACAUUGUUGGUACUAACGAAUCUGACUUUCUACAACGAUAUAACGGGAACGUCACCAUUAAAGGAAACUUGAUUGUCAAAAAUUUUGAUUUAGGAAAAAAUGCGCACAUUUUUGUGGCGGGGAAAGAGUUUGACCCAAAAAUGGAGCAGUUUUGGACGAAAAGUACCCAACAAACGAUUCAUACACAUUUUGAGGCACGAAAUGGAAUGUCGGUACCUCAUCUGUUUACUGAGUUUAUCAACGAAGUUAGAGUGAACGAUUAUCUACUAAAUGGUACAGAACAAAAGAAGGGCUCUAAAUUUUAUUUCGAAUCAGUGAUAGUGAAAGGAAAUGUGUUUUUGAAUUCUAGUGAACAACACUCGCCGAAUUUUGAACGAAUUCAAAAGGAAGGGGUACGAACUAAUGGUACUUUCGUCAUAAGCGGCCGUAAAACUUAUAGUAACACGUUGAAAGUGGACGCUCUUGAAAUUAGUCAUCUUCAAACUAGAAAUAGUACUAUAGUAUUGAAAAAAAAGCCACUGCAAACGUUUGGACCACGAAGAAUUUCUAACUUGAUUGUUAAAGGCGACUUCACUUUUGACAAUAUCACAGUUGAAACCAUUAAUGAUGUUGAUCUUCAAAACUUAGUUGAAAAUACGGUGUACAUUGACGUACCACAAAACAUAUCAAAACUCACUUUUGAAAAUAUUACAGGUCACAGCGUUUUUGUUAAUUCCGAGUUAAAUGGCAAUAAGAUGGAUGCUUUGACGGCAAAAUUGAAAGUCGUUGACACUCUUGACGAAAUUGAUUUUGUCUAUGUGACUGACAACGUCACAAUAACAAAUGUGGAGAAAUUAUCGACAAUCAAUAAUAGAAAAGUCAGUGACCUCUUGGCAAAAAGCAGUGCGCAAUAUCAAAAUAACACCAUUCAUAACACCGUAAAGUUCCUUGGCAAAGUAAAAGUCAAAGAUCUAUAUAUCGUCAAUGUUAAUAAUGUUAAUUUACAAAACCUCUCCAAACGAAUGUUAUACAAGUCUUGGAACCAACCAAUCGUGGCACAUUUUACUUUCACUACCUUGAAAACAACUAACUUGAUAAGCGAACAAAUUAAUGACUUCAACAUGAAAAACAUAGUUGACGUUUCGAGUAGUCAACCACAAACCAUUUCUGCCUCUCAUGGUUUGACAAUAUCUAGCCGCACCAAAAUCAAAAAUUUGGUUGGUAACUUCAGCUGUGAUAUUAGUGAAAGCUUAAAUAAUUUGCACAAUCCCCUAUCACAAUUUUGGAACAAAGUUACAGUUAUUGGUAACGCAACAUUUUGGGAUAGAGAGUCAUUAGUGAGCCGAAUUUUCGACAAAGUUGUGACACGUGAAAAAAAUAAUCCCGUAAUAGAGGGACAAGUAACUUUUACUAACCACAUUUCUGUCAAUAAUAUCACAACGUUGAAAACUAUCAAUGACGUUGAUAUCAUGGAAAUAAUAGAAGAUGCCUUUUUGAACAAACCAGAUAUAGAACAGGUCAUAACAGGCCGAAAAACCUUCUCCCAAAUAGAAGCCAAUGAAAUGAAAAGUUUGCGAAACACCAACGUUUCGGCAAUAAACGAUAUCAACAUUUUGGACGUCCAGUCUAAAAUUGUCACCAAGAACUCAAUCUUAAAGGGACCGAUACGAGGGCAAAAGGUAUUUUUUGGAGGAUUGCAAACCGACAAGAUUGAAACUGAUUUUAUAUCAGGAAUCGAAGCGAAAAACUUAGUCAGUUUUGAUGAUCCAAAGAAAGUGCCAAAUGCCAUGUUCGAGUCGCUAAGUGUUGUUGAUAAUUUUAAUAUCACUUAUAUCAAUGGAAUGCCACUUGAUGUGCUUCUAAACGAGCGGCUUUUAAAAGACGCACCGAAGCAAGUGGUGAUAGGAAAUUACUUUUUUAGGAAAAUUUCGUUCCGUGGAAAUAUUGAAACACCUCAUAUCAAUGAUAUCAACAUCGACAAUAUGGUUUAUGAUAAAGGUACCCAAACAAUAUCAAGCCCGAAAAGGUUCAUCAAUGAUUUGAUAAUUGCUGGUAACAUGAGAACUGAGUUAAUUAACGGCUUGGAUCUUUCAAAGUCGUACGAACAAGCUGCAUUGAAAAACGAGAAGACUAAUUUCACAGGGAUAAUGCGAAUGAUGAAACCAAUACUUCUGGAGGGUAACAUCCAAACUAAUUACAUAAAUAAUGUUCCUAUGGAGUACAUGUUGGACACUAAUGCUAAAUACUCUUUACAAGUCGAGGCUCACCAAAUACACGAAAUCACUAAAAUUCUUACACGUUUUAUCCAUAAAUAUCUGAACUCAACGAUAAGAUUGCCAACUGAGAUAAUAUAUUUGGAAAAAUCAACAGAACUGCAAAUUCCGCUACCCAAUGUAAUAAAUGCUCGUCUCGCAGAAACCAAAAACGAGAUUCUCAUUCACUUAGAAAGUGAAGAAAUUGGUAGUUUUUGCGGUUUACCUCAGACAUGUAAAUGUCCAGUUCAACAAACAAUGCAAAUUGCAUCAGAACGCUCUAUCAACAUUUUUAUGAAUAAGGCAACGCAAAGAAUUUACAGUUAUUUUAACGACGAUAUAAUUAUACAUGUAAUCACCCACAGUGUUAGCACUAGCUCAUACUGCAGGACGAGCAAAAAGAAAGUCAUCAAUGAAGUAUCUAGUCUGACGUGGAAUUUGCCGCCGCGUGAAAAUAGUACUGGAGGAUUUUUCAUUCACAGAGGUUUUUUCCACGGGUUUAUAAGCGGUGUUGAAUUUUUCACGAUUUAUGGAAGAACUUAUGUAGUUAUUGGAAUUUAUUAUGAUCCGGUGUUGGAUACGCACAAUGCAGAUACAUUGGUGCUUAGAUUUAACGGUGAUAAGACUGAACUUGAAGAAAUCCAAAAAAUUCCAACUGUAGGGAUGAAAACAGUUUCGCUAUUCCCUACGGCACAGGGCGUUGUUUUAAUAAUGGGAAGCGAAAUAUCUGACUUAAGUGAUAAUUUUACAAAUACACACAUUUUUAGAUUUAAUCACCAAAAACAACUGUUUGAACUUUUGAGAGACAUUCCCACGUUUGGAAGUAUAUAUGCAGAAGGAGUUGUGCUAGAAAGAGACAGUCUGAUCAUUUUAGCUAACAAACGAGCAACUUUACUUAUUCUAAAAUACCAACCCGAUUUUGACAAUUAUUAUUUAUAUCAGACUUUUAAAUUGGAUUACUCGAUAUCAUCGUUGUCCGUCUUUUACGCAGAAGGAUUUGGGAUCAGUGACGCUUAUCUUUGCUUGGUGACCACCAACGGCGAAUACUUCAUUUAUUCAUAUUGGUUCAUAGAAGGAUGGAAAUUAGAAUUUUCGGGUGAACUAGAUGACGUAAGAGUUUUAGUUCCGUUCAAAUUAAAUAAAAAAUCUUACCUGUUGGCGCCUUCUGCCAAACGCAGUUCUUUACUUACCCUGGUGGAACACGACUUUAGUUAACUUUUGUGUUUGUGUUGUUCAAGUAUUUUGUAUUCUUUGUUAAUAAAAUAAAACACUCACAGCUUAAAAUAUGUAUUCAAUUGGUCAAAACCGGUAAAUUAAAUUGUAAGUAGUUAAACUUAAAAAACAAAACAAAAUGAACAA